AGCCAUGUCAAGUGGAUUUCUUCGGUGGCGGGGAACAUCUUCUUGCCAUUUGUCUGAUUGAUUUGUGAACGACAAGAGGCAUCUCACGACACGGGAAACUCUUGCUAGCGGUUGAAUAAAAUAUAUCUUUGUGCGGAAAAGUCCGCGGUGUGGGUGAAAAUUAGUUUUAUAAUUAUUUGUGUAACAGAUUGGGUGUCGCGGUGAAUUUCAAACGACAAUCUCGCAUCAUAAUUUGUCUUAAAUGGCACCAUCAAUCAGUUCGUGUGCCGUGUGUGGUGUUGAGGCGAAUUUGAAGUGUGGCGGCUGUAAAAAUGUCGUCUACUGUGGGAAAGAUCAUCAAAAGGUCCACUGGCGAAAAGGUCACAAGGCCAUGUGCAAGUGCGUGGAGCUAAAAGUUGACGAAGUGAUGGGAAGAUACUUGAGUGCCACGCGUGAUAUUAAGCAAGGAGAAGUGAUCUUCCGGGAGAAACCCCUGGCAAUUGGUCCCAAAGUCUCCUGCAUGCCAAUGUGCCUCGGUUGCAAUGUCUUCUUGACUCUGAAGCCCAAAGAGAAGAACUACUACAAAUGCUCUCAAUGCAACUGGCCCCUCUGUGGUCCUUCUUGUGAAAAAUCUCCAUUACACACCGAAGAAUGCUCCUUGAUGGCAUCCAGGAAGUUUAAAGCACAAAUUAAUGCUACUCCAGCUGAGGAGGGCAAGAAGGAAGCUGCUUACUGUGCUAUUGUACCCUUGAGAUGUUGCCUACUGAAGGAAUCUGAUCCUGAAGGCUUUCAGAGACUUUGUGAACUUCAGUCGCAUUUGGAGAAGCGAAUAGAGACCCCGUUGUAUCGUGUCCUGAAGGCAAAUCUCAUUACCUUCAUCAAGACCAUCCUAAGGUUGGACUUUGAUGAGUUCACCAUAAUGCGAAUAACAGCAAUUCUGGACACUAAUUGCUUCGAAAUUCGUCAUCAGCAUAAAAAUAUCAAAGUUAGAGCUCUUUAUCCACAAGCUUCAAUGAUUGCUCAUAGCUGUGUUCCCAACACAACGCACGUCUUCAGUGAGGACUUUGAAUUUGUUCUCAUUGCAACAGUUGAUAUAGCUAAAGGAUCACCAAUUUUCGUAACCUACGGCCAGACGCUGCAGGGAACUCUCCAGAGAAGAGAGCAUCUGAGACAGGUGAAAUUUUUCGAAUGUUUCUGCGAAAGGUGCGCAGAUCCCACGGAAUUGAGCACCUUUGCAGGAUCCUUCAACUGUACACGCUGCAAUAAUGGUAAGAUGAUCCCAACUAAUCCCUUUGAGGAUACAGCCCCAUGGAGAUGCUCAGCAUGUGAGAGCGAAAUCUCAGCUAAGCAAGUAAUCAAUGGGAAUAGGGCGAUCAUGACGGAGAUCUCGGAACUAGAUCAGCAUUCACCAAAAGAAUUUGAGGCUUUUCUGCUAAAGUACAGAGAUAUUCUCCAUGGAACCAAUACUCACAUGCUUCAAGUAAAGUACGCCCUGAGUCAACUAUAUGGAAAUAUUCCGGGUUUCCAACUGCAACAGCUGAGUGAAGCUGCAAUAAUACGGAAGAUCGACAUUUGCCGUGAACUCCUUGAGGUGGGUAAGCUCCUAGAACCCGGACUCAGCUUCUUUCGCGGGUACCUCCUGAUGGAUCUCCAGAGUGUUCUGGCAAUCCAGGCUAAGCGUGAUUUUGACAAUAAAACCGCCAAUCGCGAGGAAACCCUACGGCUACUAACUGAAGCCAUGGAUCUCCUCCAGGAAGCCGUGAAGAUUUUGAGUCCAGAUCCUGCCCUCAAGGAGUUCAUUGAUACCAAAGUUCAGGAAAUGACUACAUUAAUGCAAUUGUAG